AAGAAACCAACCUCGCAUCGACCCGUAACACUUUGCAUGAAAGUUUGGUACUAAGCCCGCCUCAAGUAAUGAAAGUUAAGUCAAAAAGGGGGCGAAUGAGGCAAAAAUCGUUUCUUCCUUGAUUGAUUAGUGUUUGGUCCCGAAAGCACGUGAAAAUCUCAACGUCUCAACUCCUGAGAUUAUUACUUUUCAUGGGGAAGAAACAGCAUUUGGAUUGGACGUCGAAGUCUAUCAUGUCCACUGGUAGCGAAAGAGUCUCUCUUUUGAAUAAACAGGCUAGACUGAAGGAAAAUGAGGAUGGUUCCCCUGAUGCUCCCAAGACAGACCUGGAGCAUGGUGCAUUAGAGGCUGCAAAUGUUGGAUUCGGUAGAGUCUUUUCUCUGGCAAAGCCAGAUGCUGGAAAAUUAAUUGUUGCUACUAUAGCAUUGCUGAUAGCAUCCACAUCAAGCAUUCUCAUACCAAAGUAUGGUGGCAUGAUUAUAGAUAUUGUAGCAAGGGAUACGAGGACUCCUGAACAGCAAGCUGAAGCGCUAGAUGCCAUCAAGAACACAAUUAUAGCUAUCAUCUCAAUAGUUGUCAUCGGUUCGGUAUCAACAGCAAUUCGGUCUUGGUUAUUUGCAUCAGCCAGUGAAAGGGUGGUUGCUCGUCUAAGGAAGAAUUUAUUUAGUCACCUUAUCCAACAAGAAAUAGCUUUUUUCGAUGUUUCGCGGACAGGCGAGCUUCUCAGCAGGCUAUCUGAAGACACCCAAAUCAUAAAAAGUGCUGCAACUACCAAUCUUUCAGAGGCACUACGAAAUGUGACUACUGCAAUCAUUGGAAUUGGAUUCAUGUUCACAUCUUCUUGGAAGUUAACAUUGCUGGCUUUGGCUGUCGUGCCUGUUAUUUCAGUUGGUGUUCGUAAAUUUGGCCGCUAUCUUCGGGAACUUUCACAUGCUACUCAAGCAGCAGCAGCUGUCGCUGCCUCAAUUGCCGAGGAAUCAUUUGGGGCCAUUCGUACAGUGAGAUCUUUUGCCCAAGAACAGUAUGCAAUAGCAGGUUACUCUGAGAAGGUUGAUGAGACAUUGAAACUUGGACUCCGACAAGCAAAAGUGGUUGGACUAUUCUUUGGAGGACUCAAUGCUGCAUCAACAUUAUCUGUCAUAGUAGUGGUGAUAUAUGGAGCUUACUUGACAAUAACUGGCUCCAUGACCACUGGAUCUCUAACAUCCUUCAUUCUCUAUAGCCUCACAGUUGGGUCCUCAAUAUCAUCAUUAUCAGGAUUAUAUACAACAGCUAUGAAAGCAGCAGGUGCAAGUAGGAGAGUUUUUCAAAUUUUAGAUCGUGUCUCUACCAUGCCUAAAGCAGGAGAUAAAUGUCCCAUGGGCAAUCCAGAUGGAGAUGUGGCAUUGGAGGAUGUCUGGUUUGCUUACCCUUCUCGUCCGAGUCAUAUGGUGCUCAAGGGAAUAACCUUAAAACUGAAACCCGGUUCAAAAGUAGCCCUGGUUGGUCCAAGUGGCGGAGGAAAGACAACUAUAGCUAACUUGAUUGAGAGAUUUUAUGACCCAAUAAAGGGGAAGAUUUUGCUUAAUGGAGUUUCCUUGGUUGAAAUAUCACACGAGUAUUUACACAGGAAGAUCAGUAUAGUGAGCCAGGAACCUGUUCUUUUUAAUUGUUCCAUAGAAGAGAACAUUGCAUAUGGUUUUGAUGGCAAAGCAAGCAGCACAGACAUAGAAAAUGCUGCUAAAAUGGCUAAUGCACAUGAUUUUGUUGCAUCGUUUCCUGAUAAAUAUCAAACUGUUGUUGGAGAACGUGGAUUGAGGUUAUCAGGAGGCCAGAAGCAAAGAAUUGCGAUAGCAAGAGCUCUCUUGAUGAACCCAAGAGUUUUGCUAUUGGAUGAAGCAACAAGUGCUCUAGAUGCUGAGAGCGAGUACCUUGUACAGGAUGCCAUGGAUUCUCUAAUGAGAGGCAGGACUGUUCUGGUCAUAGCACACAGGCUUUCUACUGUCAAAAGCGCUGACACAGUUGCAGUCAUAUCUGAUGGCCAGAUAGCUGAAAGUGGCACCCAUGAAGAGCUGCUGAACAGGGAUGGAAUUUACACUGCAUUAGUGAGGAGGCAAUUACAGGCACCCAAAAGCGACACUGAUCUUGUAACUUUGGAAUGAAGUGCACUGGAGCAGUUCACCAAAAAGUGAACUGAGCUAAGAUCAUCUGUGGUUCCUUUGGAAUUUCCGACAGUGCAAUAGUAGGAUCCUUCAACAACAAACUACUGGAAGCAAAAGUGGACAGAACUUGCAUAUCUUAUGUUCCCAGCAACCAGUUCAUAUUACCGUUUGUAACCAGGAAAAGGUUGCAUAUUUAGUGUAUUAUGAAAGAAACAAUUACUUACACUGAUUGCCCCGUGUAACCUUUCGGAACAAAAUGAGAUUUUGUUGGUGUGAGUGAACCAAUUUCCAGUUUCGAUGAAGAAAUGAUGUAUGAAAAACUGGCCAUGCGCAUCUACCAAUUACAAAAGAAAA